AUGGACGGUGAUGUACUGGUUAAUGCGCCGAUUGUGAUUGAUAAUGGCUCCGGUACAAUCAAAGCUGGUUUCGCAGGCGAGGAUCAUCCAAGUUGCUUCUUUCCCGUAGGUUGGCGCGCUUGCGGCGUUGGGAGACCAAAACAUGCAAGAGUUAUGGCAGGAAGCUUAGAAGGCGAGCAAUUUAUUGGCAGAAAAGCUCAAGAGCUGCGUGGAUUGCUUAAAAUUAAGUAUCCAAUGGAACACGGUAUCGUCACAGACUGGGAAGAUAUGGAGAGAAUUUGGUCUCACAUAUACGCUGAUGAACUCAAAGCACUUUCAGAGGAGCAUCCUGUGUUACUCACAGAAGCACCGCUCAAUCCACGCCAAAACAGAGACAUUGCUGCUCAAAUAUUCUUUGAAACUUUCAAUGUUCCUGCCCUUUUUACUUCGGUACAAGCGGUUUUAUCUCUCUACUCCUCUGGUAGAACAACUGGUUUAGUCUUGGAUUCUGGUGAUGGUGUCACUCACGCCGUUCCUGUCUAUGAGGGCUUCUCAAUGCCACAUGCUAUUAGAAGGGUUGACGUCGCUGGUAGGGAUGUCACUUAUAACUUACAGAUGCUGUUGAGGAGGUCCGGUUUCAACUUGACAACAUCCGCAGAAUUGGAAGUUGUAAGGACAAUAAAGGAAAAGUGCUGCUACGUGGCUCUCAAUCCACAGAAAGAAGAGAAGGAGGCUGCUAGUAGGGGUGACAAUGCGCGUAAAGAGGAGUUUAAGCUGCCUGAUGGACACACAAUUAGACUAGGUCCCGAGAGGUUUAGAGCACCAGAGAUACUCUUCAAUCCAGAACUCGUUGGUUUGGAAGACGCAGGUGUACAUCAAGUUGUCGUAGAUUCUAUAAACAGGUCUGAUCUUGACCUCCGAAAAUCCCUCUUUGGCAAUAUCAUUUUAUCUGGUGGAUCAACCUUGACUAAAGGCUUCGGUGAUAGAUUGCUCGCAGACGUCAAGAGGCUGGCACUUAAGGAUGUCAAAAUUAAGAUCUACGCCCCACCUGAACGCAAGUACUCUACAUGGAUUGGUGGAUCUAUCUUAGCUGGUUUGAGUACUUUCAAAAAGAUGUGGAUAUCGGCUGAGGCUUUCGCUGAAGAUCCUGAUAUAGUUCACAAAAGAGCCUUCUGA